AUGCCACUAAGAAAGAAAGGAAUGCCGUGUUCAUGGGAGUACGUCGUCGAGGCCAACCAUACAGGGACACUUGCGGACCUAGACCUCGUACCCCUCGCUGCCUUUGAGGAAUCAGAGGAAGCAUACAAGAUUUGUGUCACCUCUGCUCGCGCGGAUGCCAUGAUAAAGAACAGGCCAGAUCGUCUAGAAUACUUGCUCGACGAAGAACAUAUUGACACCAACAAGACAGGUGCUGCGUCAGUCGCCUCGACCGUCUAUGAAUCGUCCCCCAAGGCACUCGCUGCCCUGCUUGUUUCUCGAGGCUGGGACAUCGUCUAG